GUUGCCUGGGUCAGGCAGCCUGGCUGACAUUAAUUCUGCAGCUACGAAGUGCCUUUGUUUGGAUAUUUUAAAAAAUGACAAGUUUUAAGGAGGAAGUGACCCUUUUGGAAAAAUGUAUAGCGACCUGCCUUCCCGGAAAGGAGGCCGACGUGAGGGUGAAACUGUGUCGAAAAACGGUCGAAAUUGGGUGCCACUCCGACAUAUUGCGAAAGUCUGACGUGCUUUCGAACUGGCUCGGAAAGAGGAAGGAGGCGACGAAUGUUUCCAUGGAUGUGGGACAUUUGGACACGGCGACCUUUUUGAGGGUGCUAUUUUUUUUGUACACCGGGAAAGUCCGGGCAGGUCUGGGUGCCGUGGAGAAGAUGUAUCACGACCUGGUCUGCAUGUACCUCAAGAUUCCCCUCGACGCGGAAGGGUUUCUGGCCGUGGUGGAGUGGGAGGAGGACCGAUGGUGUGAUUUGGCGUUGGAAGUCACGCCGGAGAGGGAGGGCAUGGUGCCCGUGAUUUCGCAACUAAUGUGCACGUUUAAGCAUGCGCAUUGCCUACCAAGGAACAAGGGGACGGUGUCGUUGCCAACUUUGAAGAACGGGAAGCCUGGCAUGGUCCUGACCCAGUCGGCCUUUAAGGACCACAUCAUUCAAACGGUGCACCCAAUCCGGGGAGUCUCCUUCAAUCGACUGAACCACUUCUGCGUGAACCACAACGGUCUGACCCUGGUUGGGUAUGAGAUGCAUACGAUCGUCAUCCAGCUACCCCCACUGGAGAGGGGCGUGGCUUCGAAUAUUUGCGGAUUCAUUCAAGCCAUUUGGCCCGGUGUGCAUUUAAUAAUUUGCAACCCGCGCGGCCUCACGGUGGAUGAUGUUAGUCUUCAUAAAAACACGGCGAGGUUGACCUUAACGACCGGAGAAGUCACCGUGAAAUCGGGCCAGAUAAAAUUCUACGUUACCGAAGGCACCCUGACCAUCUGUGGGCGAGGCGUUGAGCUCCGAAAUCUUGACCGUUUAUCAAUAUUUUGCCACAAACUGGUCGUUGCUUCGACGCUAUCCACGAAAAACUUGAACAUUGUCACCGGCCCGAACAUCGUAGAAGUUGACUCGUUCGACGAAGGUGCGCAUGAUGACAAUAUGGCGCAAAUUACCGAAAUUCCGACAGCCUCGCCAACAUUGUCGUUCGAAGUGUGGAAAACUGCGGCCAUUUCGGUAUUUCACGGCACAAUUGGGGUCACAGGAGAGGGAGCGAAUAAUGGGAGAAUUUCAUCAAAUACGUUAGAUCUCGAUGUGUCGGGGAUUUUAGAAAAUUCAAAAACUGCAACAAUUUGUGCAAAUUUGGAGGCAAAAUUGGUAGCAAAACAUUGUGAAAACGGUGGGAGAAUAGAAUGCGAUGGGAAGUUGAGAGGGAUUUUUGAUACUUACCGAACCACACAAGGAUCCACUGUGGAUUGCAAGGAUACAAAAUUUGUUUGCAGAAAUUAUGAAGUGGAUGGGGAUUUCUGCGGAAGUUUGGAUAUUGAGGCGGUUUUAUUUGAAAAUCACUCGAGCAUGACGUGUGAAGGGGUUAAGGUGAGGGCGGAACAAGUGAGGAAUAAAGGGAGAAUUAAGAGUGAAGAUUUUGACGUGGUAUCGACCAAAAUGGAAAAUGAGAAAGAUGGCUUAAUUUCUUCCACAAAUUUCAACAUCAGGCUAAAUGGAGAAGAAUCAAAAUUUGAGAAUGCGGGGAAAAUUGUUUCGAAAGUGGUUACUCUCAACACGGAAAAGUUUGAGAACAUUACAUCAGGAAGGAUGGAGUGUGGGCAGAUUCAGUUAACCACGAUGCACAUGGGUAACAAUGGGUCGAUUAAGAGUGAAGAUUUUGAUUUAAAUUCAGUCACUGCGGUUAAUGGAGGAGAUGGGCUACUUAUUUCUUCAAAACAUCUGACCGUCCAACUCUCCGGGCUUGAGUCCAGCUUCCAAAAUUUUGGGAAAGUGGUUGCAAAAAAAGUUUCGGCGUCCACCAACAAAUUUGUGAAUUCUACAAACGCUACGUUUUAUUCUGAAGGCGAUUGUUCCGUAAAUUUUGGAGAUGUUGGAAAUGCAACAUUUGAAAAUAUGGGAACCGUCGAGCUCCACGGGAUAUGUGACUUGACCACUAAAGAAUUUUCCAAUAAGAACAAAUUCUAUGGGAAUGACGUCAAAAUUAAAGGCGAGAAAUGGCACAAUGGAAACCGCGCUAUAUUUCAUUCCUCGCAGUUUGCCCGUGCUGCGGUGUCCUCUACUUUCGAGAAUUUUGGGAAAUGCACGUCCGCAAAUGUAUUCAAGGUUGAGGCGAACCAUGUCACAAACUCUGGAUUAAUAGGGGGAAAAGAAGUAGACCUGGCGGGUUCAUCGGGAAUCAAAAACGGCGGUGUUUUCCAAGCCGAGGACGAAAUUAAGCUAGCCUCGAAAGUUUAUGAGGAUACUGCAAAUUCAGAAAUAUCCGCGAGUCGUGUGUCCAUAAAUUGUGGAGAGACUACAGUUAUGGGUUCAGUGUCAGGCGAAAUAAUGAGAGUGGCGGGAGAGACUUGCAAACUGGAGCGGGGUUCAAGAAUUCGCGUAGAAAACGGGGAUUACGAUGUAAGUAAGGAACUCGUUUUUAAUUCUCCGCCUGAACAGAAUACUUUGAAAAUUCGGGGUAGCGGGAAAAUUAGGAAUCUUGCCGGGAUUUCCGCCCAAUCUGGAGAUAUUGAGAAUACAGCAGAGUUUCGAAAUAUUGCGCCGCUGUUAAUCGAAGACUUGUCUUUGGUCACGGACGUGUUUGAGAAUUUGGGCGGCGCGAUUGUGGAAGGCGGGAAAACCUCUGUGUCCGCUAAGAAAUUUAAUAACCAAGGGAUGAUAAAUGGCACUUCGACGUGCACCAUUACCUCGGAGGUUGUUUCAAACGCUGGAAAGUCAAUAAUUCAUGGGGGAGUUUUACAUAUAAGAUCGAAAGUCGUAGAAAACCCGCGACAUGGCGUAAUCGCGGCACGGGACGGGAUUAAGGCGGAAAUUGACGAAUUCUUUAACAGAGAAGAUGCUGUCUUCUAUUCGGGAGGGUUCCUGGACUUUGGCGGAUAUUCGAACUCACAUUGUCAAAAUUUUGAAAAUAUUUCUGGAAUAGUGGACAUUAAGCGGGAUGGGAACUUUUCUGUGAGAAAUUUCCACCAGAAGAAUCCCGCUUUCAGGACGGAAUUGCGAUUUGUGUCAAAAUUCGGGAUGAUUGAUGCUCAGAGUGGACAGAGAAUAAAUAUUAGCACGAGUGAUAAACCAUAUCCGGAACUACAUAAGUUUUCGGGCGGUCGCCGAUUUUUUAGAUUCGGUAGAAGGGUAUUAGUUCCAGAGAGCUGGGUUCCAUUUAAAGACUACACUUCUUACAAGUUCAAUCGAUCCAUUAGCCAAACGCACAUCGUGGAAACGUCCCCCGCUAAAAUUUAUAUCGGCGGGAGACUUACUUUGUCCUCAGAAACCGUUCUGACAAAUGACAAGUCGCACAUUUUCUCGCAAAGCAUGGUUGGAUCGCUAGGAGAACUAAUAAAUUUGGAUGAAUACGGAAUUAAAAGGAUAGUUGACGGUGGACAUUCGCAAUCUAGUUGGAUGGAGACACACAGGGGAGGAAGAAAAUAUAGGAUUGCGGGACCCAAGAAACGGAAAAGGGUUCGAGAAUACAGCAGUAUUGCAGGCUACAAUCCUCCCGCUGUGGAUCAACCAGUGCAACUACAAGCAUAUACGUGUAUGUUGGAGGAUACCCCACCAGAAGUGGGCAGCCAGGCGGGAAUUCAAACUUUAAUGGGGGAAUAUCGAACUUCGAACUUAGUUUCGUACAAUGUUCGAAGAAACGCGGGAAUAAUUCGAUAUCAGAAAAUAUCGUCGGAACAUUACUUCGAUGUUGGGACACUGAUAAAUCACAGAUUUAUGUUUGAGAUCGCGGGGAACAAUACUUUUUUACGAGUGGACGAGCGACUUAUUACCCCGAGGCAAAGCGAGAUGGAGAUAACGAUUUCGGGGAUGUUGGGUGAGUUGGGAGUUUCAAAUCCGCUCAGAUUGCCGAUAAUUUUGGAGCAGAAUAUCGUUCGCAACCAGCUGAUCGAGAUGGUUGGAGCGAUUUUGCUAACUUCUUUUAACGACGAGGAUUCCCAAUAUGUGACCUUGGCCAGGAAUGGAUUCAAAUUUUCCGCCAAAUUUAACAUUUUGUCAGGAGCGGAACUAUCAUCCGAACAUCUGGAACGCCUGGAGGAAAGUAUUAUCUGGUUUGUGUGGAGGAAAAUCCAAACGCCAAAUAAGGACUUGAAGACGGCCCUUUUCCCGCAAGUAUACCUCCUGGAAAGAAAAUCAUACCAGAACCCGGCGGGAAAUAGUAUUAUCUCGACCAACAAGAUGGAUUUGAUUAUAGAGUCCGUCACAAAUUGCGGAGUACUUUUCGCUAAUGACAUGAAACUAAGUGCGGGAUCAUUUCUUAACGAUGAAGGUACCGUUGCGUCCGGGGAAAAAGGAAUGGAUAUUCUUGUUCAAUCCCAAUUCACCAAUUUAAGCGGGAAUUUGAUGGGUAGAGGGGGCAAAAUGCGGCUAGAAACUGUCGAUGGUGAUAUCGUAAACGAGACGAAAGUAAUGCCAGGGGGAUCAAACUUGGGGGAAACUGCAACAAUCUACAUGCAAGAUGGCGACCUGGAAAUGAAGUCCGGGCGGGAUUUUAUUAGCAAGGCUGCCCAGUUUGGCAAUAGCGGGGAAGGUGAGACGAGAAUUGGGGCGAAAAGAGACAUCAAUCUUGGCGCGGUUGGGCUCCAUAAAUCACAACGAAUCGUUUGGGACGAAAAUUCGAACAUGUCGGAAGAAUAUAAGGAUGAGGUGGGAUCGGUUUUGAAAAUGGGGGGUAAUCUUCACCUUGACGCGAUCGAUGGUGACAUAACUACAACCGGUAUGAGGAUGGAAGUCGGCAAAAAGUUGGGAAUGGAUGCAAAUAACGUCAACAUUUUGUCUGGCGAAGCUUCGUCAACGUUCGAGAUUGAGCACACGUCCCGCCACGAGUUCACGUUUUCUUCGUCGACGGUCCACUCGAAGAAAACGGGUAGCCAGAAAAGAGCGAAGCCUUCUCAGAUCGCGGCGAACGAUUUUGUUGUCACGGCAAGGGACAGUUUGAAAACAUCUGGUGCGGUGAUCUGUGUGGAGAACGAGCUGAUCGGAAAGGCGGGAAAUUCAAUCAGUCUUCUUCCCGCUGAAGAAUCGUUCAAAUCGUACACUUAUAGGGACGCUACAACUGACGAUAUUUUUUCCGAAAGCAACACGAUCACCGACAGAGGACGAGAAGGUGUCAGGAACAGACCAACCGUUCUGGAUUCGGCGACAGGAAACGUAAGAAUGACAGCGGGCGGGAAGUUUGAGCAGGUUGGGUCCCUUCAACAAGCCGCUCAGGGAACGGUUGCAGCUGCGGGAUCCACGGUGAACAUUCUACCCGCCGUAAAUUCUGAUCGGACUACGGAACAUGUUUCCCAUACGGAAUCAGGUCUAUUUUUCGGCGUCUCGAAUCCCCUACUGGAUGGGAUAAGCAAUUUAGAAAUGUUGCGGUGGAAUAGUGUUGCAAUGGAAUAUCUGCGGAUCAAUUUGACGUCGACGUCGCUGGUCACACCCACCUGAAAGGGGGAAUGAUUUUUUGUCUAAAUUCGGA